GGGGGGGGGGGGCGUGGCGUGUAUCAUGCCGUCGUGUGUCGAAAAUAACCACCGAAGACUCGAAUAGCGACUAUAGCGGUUGCUCGAACAGUAUUCCCCACGCUUGCUUGACAAGUAUGCUCGCUGCGUUUGGUGCUAAUGGUCAGUUCACGAAGGCUGCCUGCGGCAAGCGCUGUUAUAAUGCCUUACUGAAAGCCUUACGCUUGGAACCAGUUGCUCCGCCUCCCAAGAAGCAAAUUUCGUGGCAUAACGACGGACCGGAUGCAAGUGUGAGCUCUCUAAGUGCGUUGAUCAAGUGGAUGACUGACGGGAACAGUUCUCAUCGCUAUCAUGGAGGUGAUGGCCAAAGUGGAGAAACGAAGCAAGUACUGGCUGGUGAGGUCAUAGCAGCCAUUGUUGCUAGUGGUGUGCGUAGCGCGGCCGCAUCCUUUCUAGCAUGGAGCACAAUCUCCAUCUUCCGGAGGGCGACUAUUAUAGACGUGCGCUUGAACGUGGCAUCGCGAAGAAACUCUUGAUCUGCUGCUGCAAAACCGAAAGGAGGUGGUCAAUCGUCUGCCUGUUUGAUUGGCUAAUAGUAUUUUCUCGAUGAGGUUUUUGAAAAAAAAAAAAAAAAUUUAACUGCUGCGAGCAUUGACAACCCCUAAUGCUUCCUGCAAUAAAAAUCUGAUUCGUUCUAUUACCACCCGGCGUUGACCCCUCGAAUAAAGUUUGGGACUUGUGCUGGAUGUCAAAAGAUUGUU